UAACAGCUACUCAGUGCACUGUUUCUAAGAGCACAGCGCAGCACCAUGACACUCCACUGGACUUAAGAAAUAAGGAUUUCCGUCUUUACGCACUAAACUGACGCUCCCUGCCGCUGUGAUUUACAAGACAAAAGUUUGCCAAAAAGUUGUCCACUUGUUCUUCAAGAUGCCACGCUCUUUUCUGGUCAAGAAACACAUAAACUCCGCAAAGAAGCCAAACUAUAGUGAACUGGAGAGCCCAACAGUGUUUAUCACGCCGCACAUCUAUCGGGGCCUCCCACUGCCCGUCAUCCCGCAGACGGAGAUCCUGAGCCCGGCAGUUUACAGCCCCAUCACCGUGUGGACUACCAGCAGCCUGCCGCUGUCUCCGCUCCCCAGUGACCUCUCCCCUAUCUCUGGAUACCCGUCGUCGCUCUCUGACACCUCCUCCAAAGACCACAGCGGCUCCGAAAGCCCGAGGAGCGAUGAAGACGAGCAGAUGCUGCCCAAGCUGACGGACCCUCAUGGGGUGGAGGCAGAGAAAUUCACGUGUGGUUUGUGUAGCAAGUCCUACUCCACGUACUCUGGACUGCUCAAACACAAACAGUUGCACUGUGACGCCCAGACGAGGAAAUCCUUCAGUUGUAAAUACUGUGAGAAGGAGUACGUGAGCCUGGGGGCUCUCAAAAUGCACAUCAGGACUCACACCUUACCUUGUGUUUGCAAAAUAUGCGGGAAGGCUUUCUCCAGACCGUGGCUGCUGCAGGGACACAUCAGGACGCACACCGGAGAGAAACCGUUCUCCUGCCCUCACUGCAACCGCGCGUUUGCAGACAGGUCCAAUCUCAGGGCUCACCUACAGACCCAUUCGGAUGUGAAAAAAUACCAAUGCAAGAACUGCUCAAAAACCUUCUCCAGGAUGUCUCUUCUGCACAAGCAUGAGGAAUCUGGUUGUUGUGUAGCACACUGAACUGGGAUACUUUUCCACCACCAGCAGCAGCAGAAAAAAAAGAAGAAAAAGACUCCCCCCCCCCUCUGUAACUUCCUCCAAGUCCAGGAGAACUGUCAGGGAAUCUCAUGGAGGGGGUUUGUGCUCCAAAGACUUGGUCAAUUUCAUUUCAGAGUGAGAAAUAGCUCACGUGCCUUUUCGUUUCAAGCAGUGUUUCUGUGAUUGCAAUCAGUGUGGAGCUUCGUCAUGCCAUGUACUUACCUACCUGUGCUAUUCAUGCACUUUUCUGCAUGUUUAGAGUGUUUUUUUAUGCCUUCAAAUUGUUAUCUUUUGUGUUUGUAAUGCUUCUCAUAAAUGGCUGUUAUGCAGUCCUCCACUCUUUAAACGAUACCAAAAAGUCACAUUAUGAAUGACAAGAUAAACCAAACUAGAGGAAUACUGAAGCCAUUGUAACUUAGGGAACAAGUGCAAACUUUUGAGGGUGAAAUUAAUAUAAUUAUGAAUUUUGCACAGACAUUAGAAACAGUUUGCCAGCACUCAACAAAAAAAAUCUCAAGUGCCUCAGUUUUCCUUGGCAAUCAUAUGUAUGUUUCCUUUUAUAUUUUUAUAUAUUGAAUGUAAGUGUGACUGAGAUGAUUGUAUAUUGACAGUGAAAAACUGUGAUGCUGAAUGAUUUUGAUAUUUUCAUAUCCUCAUGAAACUUUUGUAAAUAAAGUCUCAUGACAUUUUGUAUAA